GCCCAGGGCCGGGAAGGGCGAGCGCCUUCCACUCCCAGCCGCCUCCCUUCGGCACUUUCCUUCCUUGCCGCCACGGAGCUGUGGGCUUCUUCUUCCCGACAGCCUUGCCGAUCUGUUGUCAAUCGCUGGAAGCCUCCCCGGGGAGCCGGCUCCACCGUUUUGGAGGGAGAAACCUUUGCGAGAUCCGUGUGGGUUUUUUAGGCAAGGGAUCCUCAGAGGAGGCUUUGCCAGUCCCUCCCUCUGAAACGCAUCCCGCAGCACCUGGGAUUUAUUGUCGGCCUUUCCUCCAAGCCCCCGAUUUGUCGCGGAUGUGGGUCAAAAUGCGAGGGAGAAGCGCCCUCACAUCCUCUCUCUGGUGACAAUCAACCCCCCCCCCCCCCCGCCGCCCAUUUCUGAACCAUCGGCUGACAUGCGGAGAGGCCAAAUCGGAGAGUGGCUGGAAGGCGAGAAGAGGAUGCUCCAAAGGAUGCUUGGAGAGGACCUGCCUGCGCUCCUUUCCCCACCCGCCUUGGUUUCCAUGAUGGGCGGAGCUUGAAAGCCCUCGCAAUAAAGUGGCCCCAAAGGCGGAGAAGGGAAGGAAGGAAGAGAAGAAGAAGAAAGGGGCAUCCUUGUGAGGGCGCAGCCUUGAUGGAGGCGGCGGGAGGGCGGGCUGCGUGCCUCUGAGGCCGCGCUUCUUCUUCCGCGGAGCUGGCCAUGGCUGGGCUGCCCUGGCUGCCCUUGGUCGUGUUGUGGCUGAGACAGGUGUCUGCGCAGGAGGAGGAGGCCCCAGGCACAGGGAAGAGGGAGAUAGUCAACUUCCAGACACACCAUGAAAUCAUCAUUCCUUUGUGGAGAGCAUAUGGAAGUUCUGGCAAUAAUCAGCAUUCACCUAGAGCUGAAGUCAGUAUAACAGUGGAAGGAAAAUAUCUUAUCUUGGAUGUCGAGAAGAACAAGGACCUCUUUGCCCCAGGCUACACUGAGACUCAUUAUACCCAAAGUGGACUUCCGCAAACUGUUAUGGUGAACAAAACAGAUCAUUGCUUUUACCAUGGUAUAGUGAGAGGGAUGGAAGACUCAAGUGUGGCACUCAGCACAUGCAAUGGUCUACGUGGCCUUAUAGUAUUAAGAAACAACCUCAGUUAUAUCUUGGAGCCACUUCCUCACAAUCAGGAGCAGCACUUGAUCUACAGGUCUGAACAUCUCAAGGUUCCCAGGGGUAGCUGUGGAAACCAGAAUUCAGAGUUUUGGGCCAUCGACUGGUUUAAUGAGCUGGCAUCCCGAGCUGAGCCAGGUUAUCACAGGGUAAAGAGGGAUGAUCAGCAGUCUAUGAAAUAUGUGGAGCUUCUUUUGGUGGCUGAUUAUGCUGAGUAUCAGAAACACAAUUAUGAUCUCCAAGCAACCAAGAAUAAGUUAGUGGAAGCUGCCAAUUAUGUAGAUAAGUUUUACAAAUCUUUGAACAUACGGAUAGCUCUGGUUGGACUUGAAGUCUGGAAUGACCACAAUAUGUGUGAGAUCUCUGAAAAUCCACAUUCAACCUUAUGGUCCUUUCUGUCUUGGAGGCGAAAAAUUCUCAAGUAUAGAAAACAUGAUAAUGCCCAACUGAUCACUGGCAUGUCCUUCCAUGGUACUACUAUAGGAUUGGCCCCUCUGAUGGCCAUGUGUUCUGCCUAUCAGUCUGGAGGAGUGAAUAUGGAUCAUUCAGACAAUGCCAUUGGAGUUGCUGCCACAAUGGCCCAUGAGAUGGGGCACAACUUUGGCAUGAGCCAUGACUCAACUGGCUGCUGCACUGCCAGUGCCAAAGAUGGAGGGUGCAUCAUGGCUGCUGCAACAGGGCACCCAUUUCCCAGGGUUUUCAACAACUGUAAUAAGAAGGAGCUAGACCGGUAUCUUCAGUCUGGUGGGGGGAUGUGUCUCUAUAACAUGCCAGAUACUAAGACUUUAUAUGGAGGACAGCGAUGUGGAAAUGGUUACCUGGAAGAAGGAGAAGAAUGUGAUUGCGGAGAGGUGGAGGAAUGUAACAAUCCUUGUUGCAAUGCUGCUGAUUGCUCUCUGAAGCCUGGUGCCGAAUGUGCUCAUGGAACUUGCUGUCACCUGUGCAAGUUGAUUGCACCAGGAAGUCUUUGCCGGGACCAGGCUAGAUCAUGUGACCUGCCUGAAUAUUGUACAGGCAAAUCCCCUUUCUGCCCUGCAAACUUCUACCAGUUGGAUGGUACUCCAUGUGCAGACGGGAGAGCCUACUGCUACAGCGGGAUGUGCCUCACAUAUGAACAGCAGUGCUCGCAACUCUGGGGUUAUGGAGCAAGGCCAGCACCUGACCUCUGCUUUGAGAAGGUUAAUGCUGCAGGAGAUUCUUAUGGGAACUGUGGAAAGGACAUCAAUGGCAGAUACAAGAAGUGCAACACAAGAGAUGCAAAGUGUGGCAAGAUACAGUGUCAGAGUUCUGCUUCCAAGCCUUUGGAAUCCAAUGCUGUUGCAAUUGACACAACCAUUUUAUUAAAUGGAAGGCAGAUCCUCUGUCGUGGAACUCAUGUAUAUCGAAAUGAAGAAAAUGAAGGAGAUAUGUUGGAUCCUGGAUUAGUGAUGGCCGGAACAAAGUGUGGAGAUAGUCAUAUUUGCUUUGAAGGACAUUGUCGGAACACCUCCUUUUUUGAGACUGGAGACUGUGAUAAGAAAUGCAAUGAUCAUGGAGUUUGCAACAACAAUCAGAACUGCCAUUGUUUCAGUGGAUGGGCUCCUCCAUUUUGUGAUAAAUCUGGGAAUGGGGGAAGCCUGGACAGUGGACCCAUGCCUCCAAAAGAUCUUCUUCCAAUCAUAGUUGGAGUCAUGGUUUUUAUUGUGUUUUUGAUUGUGAUUGGAGUGGUUUUUUGCUGCUAUAAAUGGAGAACCAAACUUGUGCCACUUAAGAAGAUGAUCACAACCCCCAAGGAAACCCAGCAAUUCAGCACCCCUCCUCCUAUUCAGAAUGUUGCAAAUGGUCAUGCCAACCCAGCCUUCAAACUGAAAACCCCCCAGGAGCAGAGAAAGGUUCUUGGCACACAGAAUAUUCCUCCUAAACCAGAAGUACUUUACUGCCAACCGCCACCUGAACUUGGAGUCCAUACCCGACCUCCACCUCCUCUCCCAGCUAACUACACAAGGAAACCUCCCAUUCCAGCGGGGCAGAGUGAGACAAAGUAUUUACCCCGAAGGACUCCGCCAAAUAGGCCAGCACCUCCAGCUCCAAAAAUCACUGUUUCACAGAAUUCCUCUCGGCCCCAACCACCUCAGAAGGCUCUCCCUGCUAACCCAGUUCCUGGAAGCAACAGAGCUGGGCUGCCCAGGAUAAAUACAGGCACAGCAGCAGGACCAUCACAUGGUUCUUCAAGGAGUGUGGGAAUACACAGGACCUUGACAGAGAACUCGGCAAUCAAGAGUACUGGAGCAGUAAAUACCCUGAAGUUUCAAAGCUGAAAUAUGUAUUGCAGCUGUACAGUCCACAACAGUGUCUUUCUGGUUUGACCUGGGAUUUCCAUGGGCCUCUUUUCCAGGAAGAUGACAUAAGGGGUCAUGUACAAGUCUCAAAUUACUCUCUCAUUUCUUAUGUGACUCAGCAAGGCCAGUUUCAGGGCUGGCUUGAGCAAAAAGAUCUACCAUUUUUGGCACAGGUAGAUGCAACUUUCUUGGAAAUAAGAAGGGAUUCCAUUCAUGCACACCAAAUUUCAUUGACCUUUACCUUUUGUGUUUUUUUCAUUGCAAGAUUUACAUGCUUUAAAUGGUGCUUAUGAGUUAUAGUGCAAUAUACUGAAAUGAGAAAGGAAGAGGCUUCAGUUCUCUCCCAAAUGACAAGCUAUAACCACGAGCCAGUGCAUUUUUCUCAAUUUUCCCAGAACACCAAUGAACAUUGUUCAAAUCAUAGUCAUACAAAGAAGCCAGAAAUCCUCAUAUGCGCCUGCCAUUACUUUCAUGGCUAAUAAAAUUGUCUCUAAAGUACUUUAUGACAUGUGGAACAUUUCCCCAGUCUUGCUGAAUUUUGCAGCAUAAUAUUUUUGUAGUGAUUUUUUUGCCCAUCUUCUAAGAAAAUCUUCCAGGACUUGGUCUUUAUCAUGUGUAUUUUGCCCAUUUGGGAAUUCUCCUGUUUUUUUGUAAAUUGAACCGUCUACUUCUUUCAGCCUAAUAUUGAUAUCUUAACAACAGAGUCUGUUCAGCUACACAGAAUAUGGGGAGGGUUUUCGGUGAGAGCAUAUUGUUUUCUGUAACAAACUCCAUGGACUCCGAUCGUCCCUUCAUCUGCCCUUUCAGUCACAGCUGUUUGUAUCAUCUUUAUAUGUAAACAUCUGCCAUGCCCCCUCCUGUAGGUGAGAAGUUAGAAGUAAACAUUGUUAGAAACAUAGAACCAAGAGAGCCAGUCCAUCCCAAAUGCAGACUGUUGUCAGAUGCAUCUUAUGUGAGCUUUUUCUCUGUGCUAAAGUCAGUGCAGGGUGAACGACUCCAGGGUUGGGGAAGAGGCCAUUCCUCCAGAUGUUUUAACUUUUUCACCCAGAUAAUCCAGAGUACAUGAUCGCUGUGAAGGUUUAUGUGAAUUGUAGUACAAAAGACAGAGGGCCAAUGUUCCCCAUUCCUGUUGUAAGAUUAGUUUCUUAAACAAUCAUAUGCAGAAAAUGGUGCAAACUAAUUUUAAGAUUUGCUGUUGAAUGAAUACAUGAUUGGAGCCAUGCCUUGCCACACACACUGUAUACUUUGAUGUGUUCAUGCUUUUUCCUACAUGGGCAUUAUAUCCACACAAAAACAGAUUCUUGUUUGAAGCAGAAUCAGAUUUCAAAGUCUGAAUUAGCCCUGGUUAAUACUUGGAAAUGAGACCACCAAUGAGUAUGAGAUGCUGUAGGCUAUAUUUCAGGGGAAAGGACUGGCAAACUACCUCUGAUUAUUUUCUGCCUAUGAAAACUCUCUAUCAAAUCCUUGAGGUUGUCAUAAGGGAAGUGACUUGAAGGCACACAUACACACAUAAAUACACACGUCAGUUCUGUUGUGUCCCAUAUUUUAAACAUAGUUUGUUGUUACUGUGUAUUUUCAAAUCAUUUCCAAUUUAUGAAGACCUUGCUUUCUUUCCAUGAUUUGUUCAGAGAGUGUACGCUCAGCAUCAUUUUUCGUGUAUUUAUCUUUCAUUUGGACUUGUUUACUCAGGAAAUUUGCUCUGUUAGGGUAAUUACACUUAGGAUAGCUGCACCCUUGGCUCACAAGCUGGAUUUCUCCAAAUUCAUGCUUAGUGCUGUGCAACUAAGGGUUGAUGCAUAGCUUGUCUGGCUUUGCCCUAGUUUAGUUGAAUCAACUAAUCUCAAGCAAUUUGAAAAUAACUUUAGAUUAAAUUUCAGUGAAACCCAAAUGUCCUUUCAAUCUUUCUGAUUUGAAGUUGUUUUUGAAGUGAUUUUAAAAAAUCUAUGGCAAAUUUGUGAUAAGACAAAGCCUUCAGACAAGACACUAGAGGCAAACUCCAUAGAUCUAACAUAAAAGGGAGUUAACAUUUAGUGAUUACUGCACUAUCACAGUAUUUUGCUACACAUCAUCUCAAGGGUAGACCAAAGCUCAUAUACGUACCAUCCUUCUGGAUCCCAUGUUCCAACUAUUCUAUGGUUACAUAACCAUCCCCCUAAUUCAGUGACCAGUUGGCUCAAGAGAACUACUACAUUUCCUCAAUAUUCUUUAACUAUUAGACAGCGGAUUAUAUCCUAUCCUCUGGGGUUUGGUUCAAAGACUUCUUGUGGAGAUCAAAAUCCUUGGAUCCUCAAGUCCUAUUAUAUAUAAUGGUAUAUCAAAAUGAUAUCCCUUUAUAUAAGAUGACAAAAUCAAGUUUUGCUUUUGAGAUUUUUAAAAACAAUUUUCAAAUGGUUGAUGGUUUAAUCCAUGGAAACAGAACCAGUGGAUGCAGAGGGCUUACUGUAAUUGGGCAGCUUGGUGUAAGCUACUUUUUUGCAUAUUUCCUUGUCAGCAACAUUUUUACUGAUUUGAGGUUUUACAAACAUUGACUCAGGCUUAGAAAAAUCUUGUGUGUGGGGGGGGGGUAUCCUUUGCGUUGUGUAUUUUCUUUUAAUUUACUUUGCAAUAUUUUGGUGCUAAAUAUAGGGAGUUUUUAUUUCUUAUCUUGAGGAGAUGGAACAUGAGCCAAAACAAUCUAUCAGGGUGCUGUUAAUAUAGAGAACUUGUGUUUUGCUAGCUGCAGUACCAUUUUUUGAAUUGUCCAAGUGUUUACUUUAGGUUUAGUUAUCUUCCUUUAAGAUGCCCCGAAGCAAUGCUCCUUCAUACAGGUGAAAGACCAAAUAGAAACCCAACACCAUGGUACUACAAACAUAUUCUAAACUAUUAUUAACAGCAACUGCUGUAUCCUAACUUGUACCUUUUCUUCUUGCCAAUGACUACAUGUCUUCUGUACCAAUAUCCAAGAUGGAAAAUGUUUGUCUCUAGAAUAUUAAGUAGUCAUCAGAGCUGGUCUCUGUGCAUUAAAUCUUAUGCCUUUUCAGGGUAAUGUGAUCAGUAAUCCUUCACUGAAAACUGUGAAACACCAAGAGGUUAGAAACAUCUUAAUCUAAUCCUUCAUAAAUUAAUUCUAAGUCUUGCCAUUGGUUUCAUGAAGCCUCCACCUCGCCUAUCUCAGAAUGCUUCAAAAAAUGUCCAAAGAAAAUAUUUUAUGUUGGAAAGAUUGUCACCAGGUCUCAAAAGGAACUAUUUUAAAGUUCCAUAUUGAAAACAUUAGAACUCUUCUUCCCUUUCAAUGCUGCAAAAAUGUGGCUGUGUACAGCAACAAUCCCCAUCUUCUGUGGUGUGGCAACCAAGAUUCUCCAUGUAUUGAAAUAGCACCGAAUGGCUGCUUUACAGCUGAUGUGCCAUGGAGGUAAUCUAUAUUAGCUCAAUUUUCCUUUGCAAUUUUUUAAAAGAGCCUUUUCAGUACUGGGGAUCAGCAACUCUAUUCCAAACAAAUUAAGUGCGUCAUAAAUAUUGUCUUUUUAUGUUAUGAUGAAAUGGGAGAAAAAUAAUGAAAUGUGGGUCCAGUUCUAUGCAUGUUUACUUAGGGGCAAAGCCCACUGAAUGAUGGUGGACCUUGCAUCCAAGAAAACAUACACAGAGGUUCUCAUUUUUCUGAUUUUGGGAGAGCCAAUACACCAUGUGUCCACAUUUUAUGUGUUGCAAGUUUACAAUAUGAUAUCUGUGCAUCUAUGCAAAUACUUGAAUAAUGCAGUUUGUUGUGCCUUUUGCUUUGUUAUAUUUAAUAAAAAAUCUGGUUAUUAUUGCA